CUCUGAGCACUGGCGCUGAGGCAGGAACUGGGUUUUUUCAGAUCCCCUUUAAAUGAGACCAGAUGGAGGCAGAGGCAAAUUCAGGCUCCUCAGAGGACAGUUGGGCAUUCAUCCAGAGGCCUGGUGAAGGUUGCCGAACGGUCCCCCUGGCUGGACAUGUGGGGUUUGACAGCUUGCCCGACCAGCUGGUGAAUAAGUCAGUCAGCCAGGGCUUCUGCUUCAACAUCCUGUGCGUGGGAGAGACAGGUUUGGGCAAGUCCACCCUCAUGGACACCCUGUUCAACACCAAGUUCGAGGGGGAGCCAGCCACCCACACACAGCCGGGUGUCCAGCUCCGGUCCAAUACCUAUGACCUUCAAGAGAGCAACGUGGGGCUAAAGCUGACAAUUGUUAGCACGGUGGGCUUCGGGGACCAGAUCAACAAGGAGGACAGCUACAAGCCCAUUGUGGAAUUCAUCGAUGCCCAGUUUGAGGCCUACCUGCAGGAGGAGCUGAAGAUCCGCAGGGUACUGCACACCUACCAUGACUCUCGCAUCCACGCCUGCUUGUACUUCAUCGCCCCCACGGGUCAUUCCUUGAAGUCUCUGGACCUAGUGACGAUGAAGAAGCUGGACAGUAAGGUGAACAUCAUCCCCAUCAUUGCCAAAUCAGAUGCCAUUUCUAAGAGUGAGCUAACCAAGUUCAAAAUCAAAAUCACCAGCGAGCUUGUCAGCAACGGAGUCCAGAUCUACCAGUUCCCUACAGAUGAUGAGUCAGUGGCAGAGAUCAACGGAACCAUGAAUGCCCACCUGCCAUUUGCUGUCAUUGGCAGCACAGAAGAACUAAAGAUAGGUAACAAGAUGAUGAAAGCACGGCAGUACCCCUGGGGAACUGUGCAAGUUGAAAAUGAAGCCCACUGUGACUUUGUGAAGCUGCGGGAGAUGCUGAUCCGAGUCAACAUGGAGGAUCUCCGAGAGCAGACCCACAGCCGGCACUAUGAGCUGUACCGCCGCUGUAAGCUGGAGGAGAUGGGCUUCAAGGACACCGACCCUGACAGCAAACCCUUCAGUUUACAGGAGACGUAUGAGGCCAAAAGGAACGAGUUCCUAGGGGAGCUCCAGAAAAAAGAAGAGGAGAUGAGACAGAUGUUUGUGCAGAGAGUCAAAGAGAAAGAAGCUGAACUUAAAGAGGCAGAGAAAGAGCUACAUGAGAAGUUUGACCGUCUGAAGAAACUACACCAGGAUGAGAAGAAGAAGCUGGAGGAUAAGAAGAAAUCCCUGGAUGACGAAGUGAACGCUUUCAAACAGAGGAAGACGGCGGCCGAGCUGCUCCAGUCCCAGGGCUCCCAGGCUGGAGGCUCACAGACUCUGAAAAGAGACAAAGAGAAGAAAAAUAAUCCAUGGCUGUGUACUGAAUAGUAUUCCCCGCUACAGCUGGACUGGACUCCACUUAGCCUUUUAAGCCAAGGUUCCUAUUGUAACUGACAGCUUUCCUUUGGGGUGCCAGGCAGCCGGGUCCCCGGCCCCUGCCAUGUUCUUCCACUUCAAGCCCCACCUCUUCUUUCUAUUUCUGCCUCACGGUCCCAUUGGCAUUGACCAUGACCUUCUUUUUUAUUUUUGAGAUUUUUAUUUUUUGGUCACUUGCUUUGAAAACACAAUCGAACAAGGCUAUGCCAAAUUUUCAGGCCUUUUUGAAGUAUUGAGAAUGGGGAGGGGGUGUUCUCUUUUCAAUAAUAGAUAAUAACAGGAAACAAAAAGUAGAAACAACGGAAAGCAAACGAAUGCACACACUUUAUCUUUUUUUGUUGGCAAAGCAAGAGGGCAGUUUUGAGAUGUAUUGUUUGGUGAGUCACUGACUGGUGGGUGGCCAGAAGCAACUAUGAAGGUGAUGCUGCCAAAGCAGAAGCUAGUUUCUUGAGAAAAUCCAAGUCACACAGUGGAGCAUUUUAGGAGACCCUAUGCUCGGAGAUUUAAAAGCCAAAAAAAAAAGCUUGGAUCCUCAGCUUGGCUCAGGGAGAUGCUGAGUUAAGGCUGUCAAGUCUCCUUGGGAAAGGCUUCUUGUUUGCAGCUUUGACCAGUUUCACAGCUGCUUCCCAAGAAUCCCAAACUUAAACAACUAAUGGUCUCCAUCCCCCCCCCCCCCAGUAAUUAUUUGCAUCACAAAUAGGAGGUCCCCUCAUUUACAUUUAUUUACAGAUUAACUACUUGAGGUUUGAGUGGUUCUGAAAACUUCAAAAGGUAUUAGAGCCACCCAGACUUUGAGAGACCUUCAGAGACUAGGCAGGAAUUUUGUAUGAAGAGAGACAUUUGGGUCCAGAAGACAGGUAGGACCCAUUUUUUGUAAGAGGAAAUCGAGGUGCAGAGAAAUAAAGGGACUUUGCCAGAGGUCCCAGGGCUGUUUCAUGGCAAAAGUCAGGCUAAAUUCAGUGUCUUCUGAGACCCGAUCCAUUUCACAAAUGGAUUCAAUCUGUUCAUGUUCAUUCCUGGAGACAAGUCUUUUGAUGUUCAGGAGAAAAUGAAUAGUAUUAGAGCGCCUUUGAGGUUUUUAUCCCAUAGAAAAAUGUUCAAGGAUGGGGUGGGCAGGGAUGGGCAAAGCAGAGAACUCUAGUCCCGCCCCUGAACUGAGUGCUUCUGCUGACGAUAAUAAGAGUCAUGGACACCUCUUAGCUGCUCAGCUUUCCUGGGAGUCUGGAAUGAGGCAUGUGAGUGCGGAAGUUUAACAGGUGCUAGAGAUGACCCUUGUCAUCAAGGAAGUUUGGUAAACAAAAAUAUAACUUGUAUGUGAACAUGAGACCUUUAGAAACUCAACCAAGGCUAUGUAAAAUAAUUAAAAUGCUUAUUGUAUCGGGUA